AUGAAGUGCCCUGCAGCUGAUCCAAUCCUUGUGCCCCAUGAAUGGGGUCAAGUAGGGGACCUCUUCAUUGGUGGGAUUGUAAGUCAGACCACCUACCUUUUUGAAGAAGUUUUAUUCAAGGAACAUCCUUCUCAGGAGCUGUUUGGCAUUCCACAAAUAAAAACCAAGUUCUAUCAGAACAUCCUGGCCUUGGUGUUUGCGAUAAAAGAGAUCAAUGACAAUCCGAAGAUCUUGCCCAAUGUCACCCUUGGUUUCCACAUCUAUGACAGCUAUUUUAAUGAGAGAAUGACCUAUCGAACCACAUUGGACCUUCUCUUCAAAUGGCAAAGAUUUGUCCCCAACUACAAAUGUGACACUCAGAAAAACCUCAUGGCUGUGAUUGGGGGACUUACUUCUGAAAUUUCUAUCCAAAUGGCAAGUGUCUUAAGUCUCUACAGGAUUCCACAGGUCACCUAUGGCGCAUUUGCUUCAGAGGAGAGUCAAUCAAUGCAGAAGUCUUUUUAUACCAUGGUCCCAAAUGAAGACCUUCAAUAUGCAGGGAUUAUCCGGUUACUUCAGUACUUCAGAUGGAAGUGGGUGGGGCUCUUUGUUGCCAAAUAUGACAGCGGAGAACAUUUUUUGAAGAUCCUGGAGCCAUUGUUUUCUCAGAAUGGAAUCUGUUCAGCCUUCACAAAAAGAAUCCCACUUCAAGCUCAUAUAGAAGAUCUGGAAAAAAUAUCUGGUGAAAUAGAAGGUUGCUAUGAUUGUACUCCAUGCCCAGCGGGGAAGAUUUCAAACCAGACUGAUAUGGAUGCAUGUUCCUAUUGCCCAGAAGAUCAGUAUCCAAACAAGAAGAGAAAUGGAUGCAUCCCCAAAGUUAUACAUUUUUUGUCCUAUAAAGAACCUUUAGGGAUCACCUUAGCCUCACUUAGUGUUUUAUGUUCCCUGAUUACUGUUUUGGUGUUGGCUAUUUUUAUCCAGCACAAUGAUACCCCCAUAGUCAUAGCCAACAACCGAGAGCUUACCUACACUCUCCUGGUCUCCCUCCUGCUCUGCUUCCUCUCCUCUUUGCUUUUCCUCGGCAAACCUGGGAAAGUGACCUGUCUUCUCCAACAACCUGCUUUUGGCAUCAUCUUCUCUGUAGCUGUUUCUUGUGUGUUGGCCAAGACCAUCAUUGUUUCUCUAGCAUUCAUAGCCACAAAGCCAGGAUCUAUGAUGAAGAAAUGGGUGGGAAAGAGACUGGCCCAUUCUAUUGUCCUUUCAGCUUCCCUCAUUCAGGUGGGUAUCUGUACUCUGUGGCUGAUAACAUCUCCCCCCUUCCCUGAUCUAGAAAUGAAAUCAGUAGCUGAAGAAACCAUUGUGCAAUGUAACAUUGGGUCAGCCACCAUGUUCUAUUGUGUCUUAGGCUACCUGGGCCUUUUGGCCCUCACCAGCUUCAUUGUGGCCUUCCUGGCCCGCAAGUUACCUGACAGUUUUAAUGAAGCCCAGUUCAUCACCUUCAGUAUGUUAGCAUUUUGCAGUGUUUGGAUCUCUUUUGUUCCCACCUACCUGAGCACAAGAGGGAAACACAUGGUGGCUGUGGAGAUCUUCUCCAUCUUGGCCUCCAGUGCUGGGUUACUGGGUUGUAUCUUUUCCCCAAAAUGCUACAUCAUGGUUCUGAGGCCUGAACUGAACAGCAGGGAUCAAUUAAUACGAAGAAAGGAUUAA